UGGGACACAGAAUUAAAUCUGAACUGAUGUUUUCCAUCGAGUUUCUCCAAACCAAUUUGAGGUCUACAAAACGCUUGGACAAACUUCUAACCGGAUUUUACCUAGGUACUUAGGUGUAGUCCAAAUUGUUAUUAGCAAUGCCCUGAUGUUUGGCUUCUGUGAGAAAUUCGUAUUUUAGAUAACUGAUGAAGUAUUUGCAUCAUCCAUAAUAAAUAAAAUAAUUACUCCAUUAUGCCAGCUCCACUUUCGCCGAAUUCAACACAUGCAGAAUCGAAUGCGUGAAUAUUGCAUAAUUUGUAUGAGAGCUUAUUUACCGCAAAGAAAAACCAAUGUAUACCGAACUGCUAAAAUUUGGCAAACUGUUCGACGACAGUGUGGAGCCGGCAUAAUAUGGGAAUCAGUAACAUUGUGAGCUACCUUACCUACUCAGCUUACCUUGAGGAAGCGGUUAACCGCAAUCAUGGUUAAUUAUUACAUUUAUGCCAAAGAUUUUUCUGGUUCAACUGAUGGAGAAAGUUAUUUUCAUGAAAAUGGCAUAAAAACUCUUCAAGAUUUUAAAAAAGACGUAGAAAAAAUAAAAAAAGAACAAUCUACUGACGGAGAACCAAUAGCAGAAUCGAAAAUAAUUUACUUACAUUGGGGAGAUAAAUGUUAUGAAGUCGACGAAGAUAUAACUAUAUUAUCAUACAAAGAACUCAGCUCUGGACACAUGGGUACUUACCCAGAAACUAUUAUUGAAUGGAUACAACGAGGAAAUUACAUCUGCAGAGAAAAUAAUAAAAUUAAAUUGCUGUACAUCAUAACCGAUGGUAUGAUAGAUUACGCCAGUUCACACAAAUGUUUGAGGUUGAAUAUAAAUAUGCAUUAUGAAAAUGUUGUAUUUCAUGCAAUCAACAAAAAUGAAGAAGAAAUAGACCUUUCUGUAGCUGCGUCUUUUUUCAAGAGCCAUUGCACAAUUUAUAGGAAUUAUAUACUCUAUGAUAACAUUAAUAUUUCCGAGGAGUUUGACUAUGAUAAGAUAAACGUGGAUAAUUUUUUCGUCGAAAGAGAUAAUUUAAAGUCUUACAUCAAGCUAAAGUAUAUCAGUAAAGUAAAAAAAGAUGCUAUUGCAUUGCAAGAAAUAGAUAAGUUGAAGAAGUUGCGAAAUAGAUUGUUUGCAGAUUUAUCAUCGAGAACAGAAAAAGGCGAAAUUAAUCUUAACACAAAGGAUAAGGAAACAUUUUUGCGAGACUUUGUCAGAACGGAUUGGUAUUUGAAUCUCAAUGCUGCAUCUCAUGAUGUGAAAGUUGACAUCGAGAAAUCCAUUUCAACUCUGAUCAAUUAUAUUAUAAGUGAUACAAAAUCUUUCUCUUUCGACGCAUUGAAAUUCGACAUGAAAUUUGAUAAGCCCAUAGAAGAAGAACCAAUAGUGGAUGUUAAUUUUACAACUGAACAAGAAAUUGAAUUUCCUGACAUUAUUAUGUAUGAUGAUAAAGGAAUACCUGUUAUAGUAUUAACUGAAUUGAAUCUGCUUGACAAAAUCAUUUUUCAUAGAACAGAUACGUCGUCUGAAGUGUCGCCUGCUAGUUUUAAUAAAUUCAAAUCGACAAUGGAUUGCCCGUUAUUUUUGGCAAAUGAUCCAGACAUAUGUGAGUCUAUCGGUUAUUUUUAUACUUUAAAUGUAUAUAAACAAUUAUUGGAUAGCAAUAUAAAGACAGAGCCGCGUACGCGAAGACAAUUCCAUGGUGGCCUCGUACUUAUUGAUACAGAUGAAUUUGACAAAUAUAAUGAUUACAUUUUGUCGGCGACAUAUUUUAAUCAUAAAAAAAUUCAUUACAAUAUUGGAUUAUUUUAUUACGUGUUAUGGAAAAAUUGUGAAAAUAAAGAAUGGAUGGAUAAAAAUGUAAUAGAGAAGUUCAAGAAUUACACAAUGCGACGUAUUGAGGCCACAGUAUGUAAGAUAGGAUUGUCAUCAUUGCCAUUGGAUCCUCAAGUAAAAACAUCAUUACCAACUGCGUUGUGGUACUGCGUCGAGUUGUCGUCGUCUAUAUUCAAAGACGAUCCUCUUAAUUUCAUGCAUGAACGUUUAAGAAUGUAUUAUGGUAUGGCUCAUUGUAUGAUCGAAAUACUGAAAAUUUUAAAUUAUGACUUAGAUUUAGAAUCUAUUGGAAAACGUAGGGAUAUAAUUAGACAUGUUAUGAUUUUGAAAAAAAUCCCAAACCAAAGCGAGAAAGUUUAUUAUUUGUUGGACAAAAUAUUCAAAAGUACAAACGGAUUCCUCAUUAGUGAAAUUGAACAUCCAUGCAAUUUAAAUAAACUCAAUUUCCUGAAACUGAAUCAUAAAGAUAUGUUGCGGGACGAUGACAUUGAACAAAAACUUCACUUGAAUGACUAUGUACAUUUAAUGAAUUUUAAUGAUUAUAGUAAAGCAAAAAACGGUAUAAGUAUGUUUGAUAUCUGUGAAAAAACAUUUCGUCCUUAUUUUACUAUCGGCCAAAACAGAUCAUUUUAUACGGAAUUAUUCGAAAUUAGUAAAAAAAUCGUAAUUAAUAAUGAUGACGACAAAAAUAAAAUAAAUAUAACUUAUGACGAUCUCGAUUCGCUCGAGUUUAACAAAAUUUUGUCUGUAUACAAUCUGUUUAUACGUUGUGUACAAGAUUUAGAGAAAUAUCCCACCUUACCUGAAUACACUGAGUAUAUUCACAAGAAGAAGAAAUAUAUUGAGGAUAAGGUAACCAUAUUUCCACCUAACGUUUAUAUAGCCGCUGAAAGCGUGUAUUCACGUUAUCAGAAUAUAAUGACGAAAGUCGAUGUCAAGACAUUUAUACAUGUGACUAAAAGUUAUGUGAAUCGAUCAGAACGUAUUAAAGCCGAAGAAGUAGUGAGAUUCAGUGAUGAUAAUGAAGUUACAAAAUUUAUUUUGAGCGAGGAAUUAAAAGUGAAAUUGCAGAUCAAAGCUAAGUCAGGAGCGUCUGGUUCGCCCCAACGCUCCCGACGCCCGCGCCGCCACCGGCACGGUCGCCAGGGCCAGCUGAUUAAAGCGUCCCACAUGGUCGAAUCAGAAUCUAAAUAAAUAGACGUAUGACUUACGUUUUUUACUACAAUGUCAAAUAUUUCUUUUCCUGUGAUCAUUGAUACUCGCAAAUUAUGUACGACUGAUUUAAGCAAAUAAUCGUAUAUUUCUUGUUAUGUUGUUUUAAUUGUUUUAAUAAAUGUAUAAAUUAAGUUAAUGGCUCUGAUCUCUUGUAACUAUAACUAUUGGGAAUUCAUGUUAUUGUCUCCCAAAAACGGUAUAAUCGAAAAUAAAGACAUGACAUUAUGUGAUUA